UUCAAAGAAGUUGCUGGGCUGCGCGUGCGCGCAAAGGAAGAAGCCUCCCGCGGGCGGGCGCGUGCGCGUGCACAGAGAUGCUUGAUGGCCACGUCCCCUUGGAGAUACACGCACACACACACACACACACACACACACACACACGCACACAACACGUGAUGGGCUUUAGUGUACGGCUUUAGAAACACACACACACACACACACGGAGGAGGAAGAGGAGGAGAGGCCGACGACUUGAACACACAACAAGCUUCUUCUUCUUCGAGUCUUUUUGACUCGAGUGACUUGCGAGAGAUUCGAGCGAGGGAGGGAGGAAGAGGAGGGGAGGAGAAGGAGGGGGAGGGGGGAAGAGGAGGAGGAGGAGAAGCCGGAGUAAAGUUUGUCCAAGUUUGCACAUCCCUUCGGAAACGCCAUUUUGAUUCGUCUCCUCUUCGGAUCAACUUUGCAGCCUCUCCGCCGUCACUGCCUUCAUCUUCAUCCUCCUCAUCCUCUUCAUCGUCAUCCUCGGCCGCCACGAUGUCUCGGCGUAAGCAGCCCAACCCCAACAAAGUCCGCUUGUGAGCAGCGGUUGCAGACGCUCAACCCAAAGAAGCGAGCGAGCCUUUCUUUGCAGACAUGGAAAAGGCCACAGAAAAGCAGGAAGCAGGAGGAGCCAACUCGGUGGCGAAAGGCCAAGAGGCGGGGCUGGCGGAGGAGACGCUGCAGAAUAGCAUCAGUAGCAUCAAAGUUGCAUCUGAGAGCACCAAGAACGAGGACGAGAGCGCGCCGAGCCUCCAUAACGGCGGCGGCGGCGACUUGUCCUCCAUCAACGCCAUGAUGUCGGCGGUGAUGUCGGCAGCAGGCAACAUUAAUGGAGGAGGAGACGCAGGAAGUGAUGUCACUCCGGGACCCUCGCCAAGCCCCUCCCCCAGCAAAACGCCCGGGGCCUCGGCGGCCACGAGGGCGCCGCCCGGCCGCGGCGUCCGUCGCAGCCAGGACGCCAAAGAUGAUCACGCCGCCCACGUGUGCCCGCUUUGCGACAAGAGCUGCCAGUCGCAGCAUCAGCUCACCAUGCACAUCAGACAGCACAACGCCGACGCGGGCGCCACGGACCACUCAUGCAGCAUUUGCGGCAAAUGCUUGAGCUCGGCCUCGUCGUUGGAUCGCCACAUGCUGGUGCACAGCGGCGAAAGGCCCUACAAGUGCAGCGUGUGCUCACAGACGUUCACCACCAACGGCAACAUGCACAGACACAUGAAGAUUCACGAGAAGGACCCCGCCAGCAGCCUCCCGCCCGUGAGCCCGCCGUCGCCCACCAAGCGCCGCCGUCCGUCUGUCAAGCGGCGCCAAGGCCAGGAGGAUGAGGACGGCGAGGAGCCACCCGCCAAAAAGGCGACGGAGGACUCGGCCGCGGAGGACGCGGCGGCGGCGCCGCUGAAGGCCAUCGCGGGGGCGGUCAGCGCGCGCGCCGUGGAGGAGCGUGCGCUUCCUUGUCCCAUCUGCUUCAAGACGUGCGGCGGGCGGCUGGAACUGGACGCGCACAUGGACACGCACCCUGACAGCACGCUCAGGUGCGACUUGUGUUGUCUUUCGUUCCGCACCCACCGCAGCCUGUUGCGUCACAACGCGGGCGUCCACAAGCUCCUCCCCCGAGAUCCCAGCGGCCGACCGUUCAUCCAGACCAAUCCGUCCAUCCCGGCCGGCUUCAAUGACCUGGCCUUCAUGGACUUCUCCUGCAAGAAGUUCGCUCGCGUGGCGCAGGUGUGGUGCGAGACCAACCUACGGCGUUGUAUCAGCAACUUUCACCGCUUCGUCUGCGAGAGCUGCGACAAGGCCUUCCCGCUGCACUCAGCCCUGGAGCUCCACAAGAGCGCCGCCCACUCAGACGACGUGGCCCAGGAAGCGGCCGGCGCCGGGCAAAACUGCACCCGGGACGCUGGGGACGACGCGCCGCAGUUCCGCUUCAUGGAGGCGCUGGGACUCCGGCACAUUUCCAAGGUGAAGCACACCCCCACGGAGGAUGAGAUCCACCAGGCGCACCUGGACAGCAUCAAGGCGAUCCACGUGGAGCCCCUGAGCUGCAGUCUGCCCCAGGAGCUCGCCUUCCCGCCGGGUGGACCGACUGUCGGCGCGGGCGGUCUGACGGCGCUGGGCCUCCCCCUACUGGAGCAGUCGGGAGCCGCCGUCGCCGGCGCGUCCACGCUGCAGGGCCUGUCUCAGCGAGAUGCCCUGAGCCUGCUGUCCCUGCAGCCUUUCCAGGCGGGCUUCCUCCUGCAGCCCAACGGCGCCGCCGCUACCGCCGCCGCCGUCAAAGCGGGCGAGGCGGGCGGCGUGGUGGAGCUGGCCGACAUCCAGCAGAUCCUCAAAGUGGCCGCCGCCGCGCCCAAUCAGAUGGGACUGGGCUUCCCUGCGCUGGCGAAAGGGGCAGGCUUUGCCGCGGGGCAAGGUCAAGUGCAGAACCAAAAGGCCAUGCCGACGCUGAAGCCCAAGCCCCCCGUCACGCCGCGCUCCAGCCUAACGGCGAGCACGCCGCCGCCUCUGCAGAGCUCCCAGCGAGCAUCGCUGGGCUGCAUCGGUCCCGGCCCGCCGCCGCCCACGCCGGCCCUCUUCAAGUCGCCCUCUUCGUCCUCGCCGCCGGCAGCCGCCACCGCCGCGCACGAAGAGGCUGGGCCGGUCCGCAAGAAAGCGGCGGGCAAAGCAGCGGGCGCGGCGAACGCCGAGGCCGGCUCGGCCAAAGGCUCCUUCCCGUGCCGCUUCUGCGAGCAGGUCUUCUCCUUCUCGGGCGUCCUGCAGGCCCACAUGCGCUUCCACCUGGGCAUCCUGCCCCACCAGUGCAACAUCUGCGACUAUGUAGCGCCCGACAAGGCCACGCUCAUACGCCACCUGCGCACCCACAGCGGCGAGCGGCCCUACAUCUGCCGCGUCUGCCACUACCCGUUCACCGUCAAGGCUAACUGCGAGCGACACCUCCGCAAGAAGCACGGCAAGACGUCCAGGAAGGACAUUGAGAAAAACAUCAAGUGCGUCUUCUCCGCCUCGCCCGGCAACCCUAGCAGCGCCGCCGUUGCCGCCCUCUCGGCCUCCGACGGCGAGGCGGGGCGGGCCGAGGCCGCUUGCCGCUUCUGCGGCGAGGACCUGAAGACGUACCGGGCCCUGCAGAUCCACCUGCGCACGCACAACGGCUGCCAGAGGAAACCUUUCGAGUGUCGCCGCUGCGGCGCCGCCUUCCUGGCCAAGCGCAACUGCAUCCACCAUUUGCUCAAGCAGCACCCCGAGGUCCAGGAGCGCGAGAUCGAGGAGCACAUCGCCACCAUGCGGCCCGCCACCGACGGGCCGGCUCCGACGCCGUCGGUGAAGACGGAGGAGGCGAGCGGUUUCCGGCAAGAUCCCGACCAGCCUCUGGACUUCUCGGCCAAAAGCCGCGGCGCUCGCGUGGCGUCCCCGGUCAUCAAAAUGGAGAGCGCGUCUCCCACGCCAGAGCGGCCCGGCCCGGAGCCGCCCCUGGACCAGCCCAUAGACCUGUCGGUCCCCGGCAAACGCCUUUGGCGAGAAGCGGCCGAGCGGCGCCCGAUCAAGACGGAGCAAACGGCCGGCGAGGCGGCUGACGAAGACGAGACGGCGGCCGCCUCGCCUCUGGGGCGCUACCGCUUCGCCCCCGGCUCCACCCCUCCGCCCGCCCCCUCGCCCCGCCCGCAGCGCCUCAAGCCUCUCCUCCCCAAGCCCGCCUCCGUCAAGGAGCUCCCUCCUCUGGCGUCCAUCGCGCAGAUCAUCCACUCGGUGUCCGCCGCCCCCGACCUGCUGAAGAGAGAGGCGGAGGCCAAACCCGCGCCGGCGUCCGAGGCGCCCCCGGACCCGCCGGGCGGCGCCGUCCUCCUGGAGACGCCGGGGGACGACAUCGCCAGGAAGAGGAACCGCAAGAAGAGUGCCAAGGAGGCGGGCGUGAUGGACGUGAACUUGGAGUCCAGCGGCGAGUUGGCCAGCGUGGAGAAGAUGCUCGCUAACACCGAUGCCAACAAGUUCUCAAACUUCCUGCAGACCGGCGGCGCAAGCCACCUCGCCCCCAAGACUGCCCUCAGAGAUGGCGAGCGAGGCGCGAACAAGGAGGCGGGGUCGCGAGAGGAAGCCAAGACGGCGGCGUUGCUUCCCCAGUCCAAAGGCAAGAAGAACGCCUACUCCAACUCGGUGCAGAAGAUGACGUGUCCCUUCUGCCCUCGCGUCUUCCCGUGGGCCAGCUCUCUGCAGAGGCACAUGCUCACGCACACCGGCCAGAAGCCGUUCCCGUGCCCGCGCUGCGACGCCUUCUUCUCCACCAAGUCCAACUGUGAGCGCCACCUGCUGAGGAAGCACGGUGUUACCAACCGCACGCUGAGGCGCAACGGCGUCUUCGCCAAGAAAGAAAGUGACGACGGCUCGCAUGAGAGCGCCGAGAGUCAGUCCGACGCCGAGCAGCUGGCCAACGACUCGUCGCCGCUCGGCACGGCCCCUCCCGCUCCCCUGAAAGACACGCCCUCUGAGCGCCAGGGAGAUGAGCCCGCGCCACCCAGCCCCGCCCACACGGCCACCCCAGCAGGUUCGAGUCCCACGCAAGCUUCUGAGCUCGCGCAGCGGCCGGGGGCAACGGAGACCUUAACCGACGCGUCCCAGCAAGCUCCACCUAGCGCCAAGUGUGAUCACCACGACGACGACGAUUGCCACAGCAACAAAAGUUUGGAUUUGAACUUCGGCUCCAAGCUGAUUGACUUCAAACUAUCAAACUCGGCUGCCCCGGGCCCCGCCCCCGUCCCUCAAGCCAAGGCCACCGCCGCCCCCCCGACGGACGAAACGGAUGCCCCCGCAGCUGCCGUCAAGACUCAGUCGGACUGGAAGCACGUUUGCGCAACGUGCCACAAAAGUUUCCGCUACGCCACCACCCUCGCGCGCCAUGAAAGGGCGCACCUGAGCCAGGAGGGGCCGCCCGAGGAGAAGCAGCAGGCAGCGCCGCCGCCCCUGGAGGCCGACCGGGAGAACUGCGAGGUGAAGCCCGAGGGCAAAGAGGAUGAUGAGGAUGAGGGAGGAGCAACAAGGCCGGGGGAGAGCGAUGCCCCGGAGAGCGACGACAACGACGAUGACGACGACGACAACGACGAUGACGACGAGCGCACAGACGACGAUGGCAAAAGCUCAGAGACGGGGGAUCUGGCCGCCGGCUGCGCCGCCGUCGUGGACAAACGCAAAAAGAAGACAUGCGACGUGUGCGCCAAACGAUUUUGGUCGCUGCAGGACCUCACGCGACACAUGAGGUCGCACACCGGCGAGCGUCCUUACCGCUGCGCCACGUGCGAGCGCACGUUCACGCUCAAGCACAGCCUGGUUCGCCACCAGCGUAUCCAUGCCAAGACGCCAAGCGAGGAUGGCGACCGGGAUGGUCCCGCGCUCAGCGAAACCCGCCCCCCUUCCGAGAACGGGAGCGAGUGUGCCAGGGACUUGGAUGACGGCCGCGCAUCCGACCCGGAGCCCGCCGGAGGAGCGGCCGCCGCCAAGGAUGAGCCUAAACUUAACGCGGCCCCGCCGGAGGCCGCGCCUCCCGGCCAGUCGGCCGCCCGCGUGGCGCCGAACUCAAACGUUUCCAAAGAGCUCCCGGGCCAGGCCUCGAUUCAGGACCUGUUGGAGCUCCGAGCCCCGCCCACCCUGGAUCACACGUUGGCCAAUGGGGAACCUCCGGUGGUGGGUGUGGACUGAGCGUGCGCAAGAUGCCCUACCGCUAACAAGUGCCUUACUACUCAUCCUUUUAUAGCUUUUUAACUUUGUUUUGUCAGCAAUCAGAUCAAGAUGGCCGACCGGUGUCACGUGACACCUCUUGUAACUGGAAAAGAUGGCGGAUGGACAAACGUUGGCCACCACCGCCCCUCAUCUUGUGUGCGAGAACUUCUCAGUUGACUUUUUGGUGUUGGGAGUUUUCUUUUUUUCUUCUUCUUUUUUUUUCAAGUGAACAAAUGUCCUAAGUUGAUGUGCGUGUGCGUGCGCGUGAUCGCCCUGUGUUGUUGUCGGCCGGCCGCCUUGGCGCCGACCCGGGUUCCCAUUACCUCAACGCUGUCAAUCACGUCUUCCUGCUCGCGAACACGGUGGCUGGUAGCCGGUGCAACGUGUCCAGUCGUCUGCUUUGGCUACAAUGGCGCCUUUCGUGCGAUUGGCCCUCAGCGCACAACAAGAGCGAUUCGCUUUAGCAUUUAGCGAGGCCUCGCCUCAGCUUCAUCAGGGCUAACGUGACUUCUCCGCAGCUAGCCGGGGCGUUCAAACACUCAGCGGCAAGCGCUAACACAUGCGUCGUACGCGGCGAGGGACAACUGUUAGUUUAGCUCAGACGUGACGUCGCUAACUGCAAAGCAGGCCAGGUACCGUAGGCGGACGGCAGGCCAAGUGAGCAUUUGCGCACUUGCCAUCAAACACUUAGCUAACAUGCCUAUUCCCCCUCGAGCUCACACUUGACAGACAUGAAUUCUUACUUUAAUUUCAAACUUGUUCUGGCGUCUGAGACAAUCAAAUGGGUGCGGAAAAAUGUUUUUGGGUGUGAAAGUUCAACACUAUCUUGUGUCACUGGAUUCAACUUGACUUUUGGUUCAAUGCGUGUGUCGGGGGGAGACCUGGGGGGCUGUUUUGUUUGCCCUCCUGUCCAUUUGGCCCCAAAUAAAAUGAACAAGUCACCAUGACUUCACUGCUCCAACUGGAUGGACACUAACUGCUACUUUUACUUCUACUACCCUUGACAGCAGUACUACUACAGUAGAGUACAAGGACUCGAGUAGCGCCGCUUGUAUUUGGACAUGGUCAGCAUGGGUUUUCAUCUCUUGAGUGCGGCUCACGCCAAGGGCCUCGGGCUGGACGUCGCGAGCUAUCUUAGGUGCUGGCCACUGCAAGUCAAUGCAGUGACUUUGUCCACGUCACGGCGGCCGACGCUCCUCUUGAGUUUCACAUUGGCAACGCGUGGCCGCCGUUAUCAGAUUUUCAGAAGUCCGGUCGAGUCAGAUCAAACAUGCUGAGGUGAUGUUUGAAAGUUCAGUGAAGUUCAUCAAAUGUGAGGCUGAAGAUUCGCAAGCGCGCUUGGAUGAAGUCAUCGAGUUGCGCGCGGAACGCAGCUGGCCGGGCUGCAAACGAGCAAUAGAAUUAUCCAAGAGGAGAGAGAGGUUAAAAAAAAAAGCUUUAAUCAUCAAAUCUUUUGUUCUUUCUGUUAAACUGUGAACAUGAACAUGAACAUUAUUAUUAUUAUUAUUUGAUUUUUUUUCGCUUCUUCUGGGUGACUUUUAGGAUAGUGUUUUGUUUUUGCAUGCUUAAUCAAAUGAGCUUGAUGAUUUCUGUACACACACACACACACACACACACACACACACGUCAUAAAUAAAAGAUGAUGUUGCGCUCAGGGUUCUUCUCAAACUGUUUUUGUUUUGCUUCCUGAGAUGCAAAUGAUGAUUUCUUGAGUUCAUGUCGACUGUCAAUCAAUCAAUCGCACCAGCACUUGACUGUGAACACACACUCAACAAGUGGACAAAGUCGUCAAUGAAAGUACAAAAAUAAAGUUUGAAAAUGCC